UCAAAUGUUAAAAUAUACAUUUAUUAUUGUUUAUCGUAUUUAUGAAUAGAAAUAUAACAUUUAGAAGAAUUUAUGUUUUUGACUUAUUGUCUCUAUCAGAUGGGCGUAUCAAGGCCUAGUCCCCGCAUAGCGUUGACAACAUGGACAGGUUGAGACAGUGGCUAGGGCUGUCGCGUGAAACCCAAAAUGUCAAGCCAAGUGCGGACACACCUCCAGAGACAAGGAAAGUCACUAUGGCCACUACCAACGCUACUCAACCUACGCCUACACAUCUCGCAACGCCACCUACAUCAAGGUCAAGGUCGAAGUCACCGAAGCGACAUCGUGAUCGUCAACAUUCGGGACACGAAAAAUACGUGGAAAAAUCCACCAGUGACAAAGGUGCCCGUUCAGUUACCAAACCAGCAGACGAACAGCCAUGUUUCCCCCAAGAACACCAGAAUCCUGAGGUACAAGAAUCCGAUGGCAAUUUCUUUGAGAGUUUUACAGCUCUGGCCUGGAGACAGGAAAACAAACGACUUCGACUGGCCAGCGUGGAUGAAAAGAAUGCAGAAAAGCCCACCGCUUCUGAACUGCAGUUUGCUGCUAAAACUAAGACGCACCAGCUUAGUAAGAAAGAGUUUGAAUUACUGUACAUCGAAGUGCUGUACACAAUCAAGCACAAGAUUGGCACGACAGCAAGCAGCCACUCCCCGUUCAUCCAGGACCUGUACCAGUACGCACAGGAAGGGUUUGGAGUUAGCCCCGAGGAUCACGCGCGCCUGUUGGCUAAAGCCACAGAGGAAAAGCCUCCGAUAGUAGUACUGAAUGUGCGAGUCGUCGAUGCUAAAGGUCUCCUGGCUAAAGAUGCAGACGGCUUUAGUGACCCCUACUGCAUGCUGGGAAUUAUGCCUGGCAGGCCACCGGACCUGGACCAGAAUGCUAUGUUUUCGUCGGACGAGGAGUCGAACAAGAAGGACAAGGAUAAGAAGGACAAGGAUAAGAAGGACCGUGGCCUGAGACGCCUGUCGACGAGCCUGCGGAGGUCGAAGAGAGACAAGAACUACGCGGUCAAGGAACUGCUUCCUGCCAGGCUCAUCAGAACAACAAGUGUGAAGCCGAACACACUGAACCCGGAGUGGAACGAGAAGUUCAGAUUUGACUUACAGGAUGUGAAUACAGACCAUUUCCAUUUGGACAUAUGGGACCACGAUGACGAGUCGUCCGUGUUCGAUGCUGCCAAGAAGCUGAAUGAGGUCACUGGACUGAAAGGUCUUGGACGCUUCUUCAAACAGAUCGCUCAGUCCGCUCGCUCCAAAAAUGACGACAGCGUAGAUGACUUCCUGGGCUGUGUAGAUAUCUCUGUCCAGGACAUCCCAUCAGUUGGUCUAGACCAGUACUACACCCUGCAGGGUCGGUCGUCUCGCUCUAACAUCCAGGGUGAGAUCCACCUGAUCCUGAGCCUGGCGACGCGUGAGGACCGCGGGAUCCCCGAGGACGACAACUGGACAGACAUCCAGCAGCACCAGGACCUCAUGUCCAUCUUCAUCGAUUACGAACUCCGCAUCUUCAAUGAUUCCUCGUAUCUGUGGAAUGGCGUCCUGCCACAAGCAGCACAGACCAUCAUGCACCAGCAUGCCAUACAGGGAGACAUCACAGAGGAACAGCAGGCUGUUUGUCGAUGGAUGGCCUACAGUCAGAAACAUACUGAGCGUCAGCUGAAUUACGACAUCCUCCUGGCUCUUCUGAACAACCUCAACAAGACGUGGAAAUCAGCAUCACUGUCCAGUGAAGAGGAAGAGUGCUUGGCUGAAUCAUUUCUUACAUUUAUUGACUACUGCAUGAAUCUGAUUCGACGUGUGCGUGAGAUUUUCCCACCAUCAAAUCGGAAGUCUAUCAAAUGGUUAGAAGGAAUGUUAAGAUGUCUUGCAAAGAUAUAUGACAUGCAGGCCUUCAAAAAGUGUUGUCCAUUUGAGAAGGAACUUCAUUUGGAGAUAACAGCCAUUAUCAAGAAAGGAACUCAGGAGUGGUAUGAACGCAUCUUUUCACUCUGCAGUUCACACUCAAAGCAGGAUGAUGAAGGGCUGAGCAUGCUGAUCAAGCUGACCAAUCACCUGAAUGCUGACAUGUCACGUUCACAGCAGUUCUACCAAGAGCUCUUUGUAAACAUUGUUGGAGUAGACUAUUUCUGUCUAGUAUACAAACAGUCGGAAAAAAUGCUAUCUGCUGAUGCUAGCAAAGCCUUGGAAGAGGAGCUUGGUGACGAGAUGAAGGAAGACAUCAACAAGAUCCUGAAGCUGACAGACUGUGACCGCGAUGAGGACACGGCAGCAUCGACGAUGGGGACGGCGUUGUUUGAGUUGUACCUCGCUCUGCAGGAGUUCGCUAAAUACGGAGACCGCCUGCCCACCGAUGACCAAAUGAAUUUGAGCAUUACCAAAUCCUAUGAGUGGUUUGCGUUUGCCGUCAGCCGGUGGAUUAACAUUGCCAGACGGAAGGCAGAGCAUCGCAUUCGGAAGGCCGUUGAAUUGGAUCGGGUGGUUCAAGUUGAUGACAUGAUCAAGUAUAGUUCAUCUGCAGUAGAUGCUUGUUUUAUUUUCGCUCAGAUGACAGAGUUUUGGAAACAGUUGUCUUGGCCAGACAAAGCAGGUUCAUAUCCAUUUGUCCUCAGACUGGUUCAGGAUAUCAGCAUGGGUGCUAAACUCUAUGCCAACCUGGUCCACAAUAAGUUAGCUGCUGCAGGUUACUAUGACGAUGAAGGACAGUUUGAUGUCACAGAACAGCUGUGCAUAACUGUGAACAAUAUUGAGCACGUUCGAAGAGCCUUGCUUCCUCUUCCUGUACAACUGGAGUUCCAGGCCAUUCAGCAGGCCUACGCGAGGUCAAACGGGAACCGGAACUCGCAGAAGGACCAUGCCAGUUUGAUGGACACACUCAAAGAGGCAAACGAUUCCAUUGUCGAGAAACUCACUCAGGUUGUCAACAGGGUGGCGUUAAAGAUGCGACCUGUUAUAAAGAAAGAUGUGUUUCAUUUAAACUGGGCUCCAGAGAGUCUGCCAGCGAAUCAGGCUUUAGACGACCUCUUGGCCUAUCUGGACAACAACUUGCUAACACUAAACAAAAAUCUGCUCAAGACCAAUUUUGAGCGCAUCCUGCUGUCCAUUUGGAUUCAGGUGCUGGACGAGUUCCAGGCAGUGAUCCUUAAUGAGGAAGUCAGACCACCGGUGAUUUACCAACGAAUGUUUGAUGCUUUAGCCCUUCUGGUAGAUUUCUUUCAUGCCAGUGGCAAGGGCUUGGCCAUGGAUGACAUCUUAAUAGCACAGUACCAGGGACUUCGUGAACAGCUGACGUUUCACAUGUUGGACACCUGUGCUAUUAUAGAGAAGUUCUACACACAGCUGGUGGAGAAACAGAAACUACACGACAGUUGUGAUUAUGGAAUUCUUCGUCUUCGUGCAAUGUAUCGAUACGACUCCCACACUCUCACAGUUCAAGUUUUAAGUGCUAAGGAUAUUAUUCCAUUGGAUGCAAAUGGUCUGAGUGAUCCAUUUGUACUGGUGCAGCUGGCCCCAGAUCACCUCUUCCCCAACGUACUGGUACAGAGUACAAAGAUUGUGAAGAAAACGCUCAACCCAGUCUUUGAUGAGAUUUUUGAAUUCACUGUGACCCCUGACCAAUGCCAGCACGAAGGAGCCACUGUACAGUUCACGGUCAUGGACCACGAUGUUGUGUUUCAAAACGACUUCGCUGGCGAGGUGUUCCUAGCCAUGGCGGAUGUUCCGGGAGUCGACGGCAGAGAAAUUUCCAAGUUUGAUGCACUCAACACGAUUAACUUGCCACUCUUGCAGCUCAAACAGAAAUCUCAUAGUGCCUUGGAUAUUCUGUCACGGCGGACAUGGGACAAGGAUGCACAGGACUUUGUGAAAAAACGUAUCAAAGUAGAAGAACAGGCUAUCAGUUCAAAUCCAUAGGACAAUUAGGUCACCGUGGAAUAGUUACAAAUUCCAAGUUCUUAAGAUAAAAACCACGUGACAAAUGUGACCAGCUCAUGCAAGCUGAUAGUUUUUGUUACAGAGAACAGUACAGCUUCAAAUUAAUAGGUUGAAGGUCACAAAAGGAAAAUGUGACAAAUUUGAAGUCACAGGCUAAAUGUAACUAAAUCACAUUCUUGAUUUUAAAAUCGUGCGUGACUGAUUCAAGUUCAUAUGUAUAGAUUUAACUCGAAAAUCACUGGUAUAAUGGGACUAAUUCAAACCUGUAACAUACAUGUAUAUAGGUAAUGGGCUUUUUAAGGUUUAAAAGUCGUACAGAAAAUGAAAUACUAAUGAAAUAAAAUUAUCUCUAAAUGUAACUAAUUCAGGUACUUGAGUUAAAAGUCACAUGUGAAAUGUGUCCGAUUCAAGUUCAUGCAUGUAGAUUUAACUGGAACGUCACUGGUAAAAUGUGACUAUUUCAACUCUGCAAGUUGUACAUGCAUGAAGAACAUGGAUGUUUUUUAAGGUAAAAUGUCAUAGGAAAAUCAAAUAUUCAAAAAAUAAAAUUAUUUGUGAAAUCUGUACUCGAAGUGGACACUGACACAUAUUCACUGUACAUUACAGGUCAGAGUUCACUGGAAAUAUAAAUACUUAUUAUGAGGUAAAUGUAUUUUAAUCUGGAUUUAAACAACUGUACAUAACAAGAUGUAAUACAUGUACAUGUGUAUGUUCUGUAAUAGACACUUUGAUGAAUUACAGCCCACCGAAACUGGGUUUUGUGUUUUUUAGAUUUUAUCCGCUAAAAGUGAAAUAAAAGAUACUCGUGCUGCCCUGCAGGUACAUGUAUUAUGAACCAUUUCGUACUCAGUGUUAUUUAAAUAAAUAUCAGGUUUUUAAAAGAUAUAAGUUAUAAAAAAUACACAGUAAUUUUAGAUGUUUUUACUAUAUUUAUUGCAGUUGAUGUGAUUGUUAUCCGCUUGAUAUUUCUCUUGCAUAAAUAGUUUCACUGAAUCCUAUAUUCAGAUUAAACUCAUUCUUGUUGUCUGUGCACAUCUUAUCGAUCGCAUACGGAGUCCGCCUGGAAAUAUUUUCCACUGCAUGUUACAUACUGUAUAUAAAAGAAUAUAAGGUACCUCAGAUUGUCUAAAACUAACCCUAAUCUUAGCCUAAUUAACCCUGAAUCAGGAUCAAGUAUUUAGGCUGCAAUGAAAUUACAUUGUAACUGAAAUAUUUAUGCCUAGAACAUGUUAUUAUUUACAUAUACCUUAAUGACUAUAAACUGGGGGGAGGGGAGGGGUUGUUCAUGCCCAACCUCAAUGUGUUAACUUUAAAUGCACAUAUUAUUUUCUUUACAGAAAUGUAUUGCAGAUACCAAGGGGUGUUAGUGAAAUUUACAUGUCAUGAAUAUGUACUAAGGUGCAUACCGGUAAUCAAGAAAAAAACUAAUUGCAGUUUUGAGCUGUAUAUGUCCAAGUCCCAUGUUAAUUGAACAUUUAAGAGUCUAUACUCAAUUUUUAAUGAUAUCACACACAAUGCAGUUUGUAUGGCAUUGCCAUGACACUAAAGUCUCAGACUCUAUUAAGGGUCUUUGAGUCUAGACUCUAAAGUUUUUAUAAGCAUGGGUCCAGGACAGUGGUUAUAAAGAGUGACAGACCUAUACUGGUUAAUUGCUGUACACAUACAUGUAAUGAUCUCUGCACUUGACAUAGUGGUCUAAUUUGAAGCUGAUGUUAGGAUAUAAACACAGCACUCACCAGUCUUCAAUCCCUGUCAUGGACAAAACUCUCUGGCGAAGUCAGAGGUUGUGCCGACAACAGGCAUGCUUGAACUGUUCUCUGAUGGAAGCAUGCCAAAAAUUACCCACACCCAGAGUCUUCAAUCCACUAAUUUCUGUGCUAUUUUGUCAGUUGAUGGUUUCUCAUCUUUGGAUAGUGUUACUGGAAAAUGGAAAAUGUGCAGCAGAUGUGUGAGUACAGGAAUUUAAGCAGGGGGAGUGGGGGGGGGGGGGGGGGGGGUCUAGAAUGUGGUGAGUUGUUAAGUUAUAUUGAGGGGUCGAGACAUGCUUCACCAGAAAAUGUAUUUGGGGGAAAAAAAGAAGAACCUAGUUUUUGAACAGAAUAUAUUGAUUGUUUCUCUUUAACUAGUGUUACUGAAAAAUGGGCAGCACAUUUGUUUUCUUUUCUGAUUCUCCUUUCUGUUCUUUUUCUGUUCUUUUUCUGUUCUUUUAAAAAAAAUAUAUAUACAGAAUGCAGCUAUGAUAUUACAUACUUGCAGACGCCAAGAUAUAGUAUACUUAGAUCUAAUUUUGUAAAGAAUAUUCCUGCAUAUUUAAAUAUUAUUUUGGACACUUUAUAACUAUAGUAUAGAUAGUUUUUAUAAAAUUACAAUAGAGCAGUUCCUGCUCCUUUUGUGGUAUAUAUAUUGUUUACAUGUGCAAUCAUAAGUCAAAAGUGUUUCUCUUAAAAGGUUUUUACUUAUGAAACUUUUGUCUCACCUCACCUAGUUACUACUUGUCACAAUUACCAAAUGUUUGACAUCAAAUAGCCGGUGAUUAAUUAAUCAAGGUGCUCUAGUGGUGUCGUUAAACAAAACAAAAACAACACCUCUAAGUCAGAAGGUUAGAUAUAGAUAUUACUUUUCCAGCGGUGGUAAUGACGGGAUCAUUGUUUGCGUUCAGCUCAAUCUUAAGUUUUUACAUUUACAUAAUGUACCUCCCAUUUCUCACAAACUAUAAGUCUUAAAUCAAUUAAACUUGGUUUAUAAUUACAUCUACAAAUGUUUGUCUGAGUGCAUAUUAAAACAAUUUCUUUUUAAUACUACAGAGAAACCUUCCAAAACCGGACCCUCUGUCAACCGGAAUUUCCUCAAAACCGGAUGUUUUUCAUAGUCCUUUUUUAAAUAUCUGUG